AUGAAACUCCUCACCCAUCUAACCCUCUCCGCCCCCCUCACCCUAUCCCUCCUCUCCAUCGCAACAGCCCAAUACUCCGGAACCAUCACAACCGAAAACAGAGGCUCGUGCCCAAUCCCGCUGCAAUCCGGCGACCACACCGCGUUCUCCUGGUCCCCGCACGCCGGCGACACCUGCCUCGAGAUCCCGCAGGAGCCCUACUACUCCGAACACUACCACGCGUCGCUGGUGGGCUACGCCGAGCUCCCUGACGCAAAGGCCCCGCUGUACUUUGGCGCGUGUACGACUGCGGAGUGUGAUGAGUGUACGCUUGUUGAUGUUAAGAGACGGACAGAUCGGCCCGGGACUGUUGAGAGUGAGUGUGUGGAGUUUUCGAAGGAGGAGAGGUUUUUGUUUGUGGGGGGUGUUGAGAAGGGGGAGCUUUGA